AUCUAAAGUAAACCAGAAUAUCCAAGAUUUUAAAUCCGAAUGAUCGUAACUAUUCUAUAUUUUAUUCAAAAUACUCAAUAUUUAAUCUGAGUCAUUUGAAUUAUUUAGAAUAACCGAACCAAAAUCGGAACCAAAACCAAAUGAGAAUCAAAAAUUUCCAGGUAUUUUUCAGUUCUAGUUUUACUAUCUGAACAGAACUCGAAACAACCUUAACUGAAUCCAAACUGUUAUCCGAAAUGCCUGAAAUAUUUGAAUCGAACUGAUACCCAAAAUGUCCAGGCCUGAGCUUAACCAUAAAGCCCCUGCUUUCUGGAUUGUUAACCAUCUAUACCAGGAAAUUAUUAGGACAAUGUAGUCUAACCUUUCGUCCUCAACUUUAUUGUUUAAUAUAUAAAUCUGGAUUGUAGGACUUUGUGGACCAUCCACCAAUUAUUCGUCAAAGGAGACUUGUUGAAGAGUCAAGCUUUCCAUUUUCUCCCAUAAAUGUAAUAAGAUAACUCAUAAGCAUCACUUUUUCACAGGAAAAGAAAAAAACAAACAGAAAAAUUAUAAUGCAUUCGUGCAUUGAGAGGAAGAUGAUAAUAUGGAGCUUAUGUUUCCUGUUCUCCCUUUCUGAUUUAAUACUUGUUUUAGCUUCUUCUGCUAAGCAUUUGUGUCCUCCAGACCAAAGAGAUGCUCUUUGGGAGUUCAAGAGUGAAUUCUCUGUCCAAGAGUUAGAUUCCUCUUGGUGGGAGUCUGAUUUGAAGACAGAGAGGUGGAGGAACAACACUGAUUGCUGUUCUUGGGAUGGUAUCUCUUGUGAUUCUAAGACCGGUAAGGUGGUAGAGUUAGACCUGUGGGGGAGUUCUCUAAACGGCCCUUUGAGAUCUAAUAGCAGCCUUUUUAGACUACAACACCUUCAGAGUCUUAACCUUAGCACCAACAACCUUCCUGGCAUCCUACCAGAUUCCAUCGGUAACCUCAAAUAUUUAAGGGUUUUGAAGCUUCGCUACUGCAACUUCUUUGGAAAACUUCCUUCUUCACUCGGAAACCUUUCUUACCUCACUGAUCUUGAUCUUUCUGUUAAUCAAUUCUCCGGAGAGCUACCAGAUUCAAUGGGCAGCCUAAACCGACUAUCAGAGUUGCAACUUAGAUAUAACAAUCUUGAUGGGAACUUCCCUGCUGUUCUACUCAAUCUGAGCGAGCUCACUGACAUCAGACUCAGUUACAACAAGUUCAAAGGUAUUCUCCCAUCUAACAUGAGUAGCCUCACUAAACUGGAGUCUUUAGAAAUAAAUGGAAAUUUAUUUCAUGGAUCUUUACCGUCACCUCUGUUUAUGAUCCCUUCCUUGAUUCGACUUAACUUGGAAGGAAACAGCUUCAGUGGUCCCAUUGAGAUUAAGAAUAUCUCUUCACCUUCUAAACUCGAAGUUUUAUCUCUUGGACAAAACAAUUUCGAUGCGCCAAUCCAAGGAUCUAUGUCAAAACUUGCCGGGCUCAGAACUCUUGAACUCAACUAUAUGAAUACAAGAAUCACGCUUGACUUGAGUUUUCUCUCACAUCUCAAGUCGCUUGACUAUCUAGACCUCUCAGGGAAUGAUUUGAAGUUCAGCUCAACUCUCCGUCUUCCCUCCCUAGGUUGGUUGUUUUUAUCAUCCUGUAAUAUCGUUGAGUUUCCCAAGUUUCUACAAACCCAAACCAGUAUGCUAUUAAUAGACAUUUCUGUCAAUAAAAUUAAAGACCAAGUACCAGAGUGGUUUUGGGGACUGCAAAUACCGCAUGUUAACAUCUCUCAGAACUACUUAAGCGGUUUUGAUGGAUCUGCCGAUGUUAUUCAAAGAACCGGGGACGUAGUUACGCUUGAUAUAAGCUCGAACGCUUUCCGAGAUCCAUUUCCUCUGUUACCCAACUCUACAGAUUACUUAUUUGCCUCUGAUAAUCUAUUCUCGGGAGAGAUUCCAAGGGCGAUAUGUGACUUGGUUUCUCUUGAUAGACUUGUUUUGUCCAACAACAACUUUAGCGGCUCAAUCCCUCCGUGUUUGAGUACUUAUCUUUCGGUCUUGCAUCUCCGGAACAACAGCAUCUCUGGUGUUAUUCCAGGAGGAUUUAUGAGUUACAUGUUGAUAUCACUUGAUGUUGGUUACAACCGGUUAUCAGGAGAACUACCCAAGUCUCUGGUUAACUGCACUCGUCUCCAGUUUCUGAACGUGGAAGAAAACAGAAUCAGAGACACCUUCCCAGUCUGGUUGAGAUCCUUGCCUAUUCUAGAGAUUCUCGUCCUUCGUUCCAACGAGUUCCACGGACCGAUAUCUUAUCCCGGAAGCUCUCUCCCGAAGCUGCGAAUCUUUGACAUUUCGAGAAAUAACUUCACUGGGAUCUUGCCAUCAGAUUACUUCGCUGGUUGGAGCGCAAUGUCGUUACCGGUUGUAUACUUCGAAGGUGAUUCUCAGUAUAGGUUUUCAGGAGUUGGCAAACCGUACUACCGUGCGUCUGUGUCUCUGAGAAACAAGGGAUCGAAUAUGGAGCUGGUUGGGAGUGGUUUCACAAUUUACAAAACCAUCGAUAUCUCUGGAAACAGAUUCCAAGGAGGCAUUCCCGAGUCCAUCGGUUUAUUGAAUGAACUGAUUGUGCUCAACAUGUCAAACAACGCUUUCACAGGCCGUAUUCCACCAUCUUUGUCAAACAUAACCAGUCUUCAGUCAUUGGAUCUAUCUCGAAACAAAUUGUCAGGUGAAAUCCCUCCGGAGCUCGGGAAACUCACUUUUCUGGCGUGGAUGAAUUUCUCAUACAACAGGCUUGAAGGUUUAAUACCACAAGGCACUCAGAUUCAAAGCCAGAGUAUUUCUUCAUUCGCUGAGAAUCCUGGGCUAUGCGGUGCUCCUCUCCAAAAAACUUGCGGUGGGGGAGAAAAAGCAAGAAAUCAAGAGCAAGAAGAAGAUCAAGUAUUGAGCUGGACUGCAGCUGCAAUAGCCUAUCUACCUGGUGUAUUCUGUGGAUUCAUCCUCGGCCAUAUUCUGACUUCAUAUAGACAUGAAUGGUUCAUGAGAAUCUUUCACUCUUUUGCUUAAUCUUUCAAAAA